UCGUUUACUGAUUUAUACGAUCCAGAUUUUCAGCUGAACGUGUAUUUUUUCAAUUUCAACCCAAUUGAAUUUAUUUAUAUUGCGCUUUCCACAAUAAAUAUGAUUUCAAAGUAGCUUUACAAAUAAAAGUGCCUUAAAGCUUCUCUAGUUGAGAGAUGACAAUGGCAAAGAAAUGCUGUUUCUAAGCAUGCAAAUUUAGGCUGUUUAUACAUUGUAAAUGCAUUUUUCAUAAACAAAGAAUGAGGUAACCUAUAACAGUUUUUAUUGACCACAGAAAAAGGACCUGCACAAGACUGUGCUGAUUACAUUGCGAAAUCCCGAAGGAAUGGUGUAUACAGAGUAACGCCGCAGACAAAGAGCAGCAUGUUUCCUGUUUUCUGUGACAUGAAGUCUUCUGGCGGGGGCUGGACUUUGAUACAGUAUCGCUUUGAUGGCAGCACAAGUUUCAAUCGCACAUGGGAUGAAUACAAAAACGGAUUCGGUCCACUAAUAGGAGAGUUUUGGCUCGGCAAUGACAAAAUUCACUUGUUGACAAAGGCGAAGAACAUGUCAUUGCGAAUAGAAAUCGAAGACUUCGAGGGUAUCAAAGAAUACGCUCAUUAUGACCACUUUUAUGUGGCCAAUGAAAGCCAACAAUACCGCCUGUCCAUUGGUGGUUACUCCGGUACAGCUGGUAAUGCCAUGCAGUUUAGUAAGAAGUACGAUCACGACCAGAAGCUCUUCACCACUCCGGACAGAGACAAUGACCAGUAUCCCUCUGGAAACUGUGGGGCCUAUUACAGCUCAGGCUGGUGGUUUGACGCAUGCAUGUCUGCAAACUUAAAUGGGAAAUAUUAUCAAUCAAAGUACAAAGGGGUGCGCAAUGGGAUAUUUUGGGGAACGUGGCACAACAUUACAAUGGAAUAUUACCCAACCAAUGAUAGACAGUCUUUUAAGACCGUUAAAAUGAUGAUAAGACCUAAAAACUAUGCAAAGUAG